GCCCGCGGCGAGGGCCAGGCCACGCCCAGCUGCCCUCAGCUAACGAGGGGCUCUAUAAAGGCAAGCCAGGCACGGAGCCUGGCGGAUUUCAGCACCACCAGCUCGGGACAUCUAGGGGUGCCCCUAUAUCCACUGUGGUGACUUUCUGCUUGCACUAUCUUUCUUCUUCUCCCUUUCUCAAUGACAAGCAGAUUUUCUACUUGUGUGCUGGCUUUAGUACUCUUUUGUUAUUCCUCUAAUUCUUAUGAUCCAUCGGCGUUGCCUGAUCCUCGGGAUCCAAAGUUUAUUCAGGAAUGUGUGCAAACCCACAACACAUUGCGGUCCAGAGUGGAUCCACCAGCCAGCAACAUGCUCUACAUGAGUUGGGAUCCAGAUUUGGCAAAGACUGCAAAAGCUUGGGCAAGUAAAUGCUUAUUUAAACAUAAUAUAUACCUCAAAGAGCGAGGGAAAGUUCACCCCAGAUUUGCUUCCGCUGGAGAAAACAUCUGGACUGGCUCACUUUCUGUCUUUACCGUGAAAGCAGCCCUUGCCUCUUGGUACCACGAGGUCGAAUCCUAUGAUUACGACACCAAUAGGUGCAGUAAAGUAUGUGGCCACUAUACGCAGGUAGUUUGGGCUACAAGCUACAAGGUUGGGUGUGCUGUCCACUUCUGUCCCACAGUGAAAUACAUCUCCAUACGCAACGCAGCACACUUCGUCUGCAACUAUGGGCCACCUGGGAAUUAUCCAGUGCGCCCAUACAAGACCGGAGGAGCGUGCAGUGAGUGCGGUGGUGAGCAGUGUACCAUGCAGCUGUGUCAAAAUGCAGAGCGUGACAAAGUCAUUGAGGAUUCCAGGUGGCAUCCAGAGUGGGACAGGCCUGCAUGUGAUGAGUUCUGCAUCUCCGUUAUUGCUUUAAGGUCGCUACUCCUUAUACUGACAUUUGUGGCCUCCUGGCUCUUAUCAAAAUACUGGUCUCUAGUACCUGCCAGUGGGUAACACACAUGUAGAAGACCAUUAAGAGCACUUGGCUCAACUCAUCUGUUCCAUUCACAUAAGUUACAGGCAGCACAAACAUUGGUAGAGACAUUGUUUGCAUCCACAGGUGAUUUAGAAGUACAGAAAUAACAUCCUUAUUGCAGGUCAUAGUUACAAGCACUGAUAAGCAGCUUUCUCAUUGCUCAGAACCAGUUAAAAGUUAAAAUGAAUUUUGAUGUUAAAAUUGCUUUAAAAGUUCAACAGUUAAAAUAUUUUUUAAAGUGGAGCAGUGUGCAUUUGAUCUGGUGAGUAGAGGAGCACAUUGUCCAGGCAGCACACUUAGGUGGCAGGCAGCUGCCCAACACACUUUAGGAAGGGCUGGAAUGUCCAGCCCAGGAGCCAGGCCCCAGCCCACAGCCAAGGCACAGGCAGAGCAUGCCUGUCUCAUUCCUACUACACUCUUACCUUGGGCACUCCUACAGCAAGACGCAGAGUGGCCUGUAUAAUUUAAAUUUUUAAAGGAAUUUUUGGAUCCCUGUGAGCUCUGGCAUUCGCAUCCUGGGGCAGGCAGCACACUUCCCAGUCUCACAGAGCACUUGUCAUUGGUACUUUGCUUAGAAUUUGCUUUUAAACUCAAGGCACCUGUGCCUAAACAGUUUCCCUUGUGUUUACAUGGUUAUAUAUCACUGCAAUCUUUCCUGUUGUGGUUUUUUAUUUUUUUGAGCAUAGGGGUUUUAGUGCUGUUUCAAAGAAUAAAUCAUUAUUUCCUGC